AAGGGCGGGCAAGACGGUUAUGGUAGGCAAAAAGGGUAUUUCAUUUAUUUCUAUGCAAACGAAAGAACGAGUCAACACGAUCACGGGACGCGCUAGCGCGCUCGCGCCAUAGAUAAAACAGCACGCCGCGGGGAGCGGCACGCUUAAGACGAGUGCACUGGGAGCUGUACAUGUUUUCGCGCCAAAAAAAUACAAUAUUUGCAACAUGGUGUACAAUUAUAAAAGAAAAACUGAGAGAGCAUCUUGGUCGGAGAGUACGCUAAGAGAAGCAAUGAAUGAGGCAAAAAAAACCUCAAUAAAAGGUGCUGCCACUAAAUAUGGAAUAUCCUACAGUGUUUUACAGCGACGCAUGAAAACAGGUUCUUCUGUCAAGAGUCUCGGUAGGUUCAAAUCAAUAUUUACAAAUGAUGAAGAGCUAGAGUUAGUUCAGCAUCUAAAGUCCCUAGAUUCUCUAUUUUACGGACUUACUAAGUCUGAAUUUUUGCGAUUGGUUGGUGAAUUUGCUAAGCGCAAAAAUAAGCAAACAACGUUCAAAAAUAAUACUGCUGGAAAGCAAUGGUUCAAAAACUUCAAAAUGAGGCAUCCUGAAAUAGUACUGAGGACACCAGAAUCUACGUCCAUAGCCAGAUUACAAGCAUUUAAUAGGCCAGCUGUCAACAGGUUCUACGAUUUACUUGAAAGCUUAUAUGCAGAGAAAAAUACGAAAGUCCUCCUACAGAGGACUGGAUCCAGUGCUAACAAUGUCAAGAAUGGUCUCAUGAAUCAUGUUCUUCUUAUAGUGGACAUGGAUCGUACUUUUGUGACAUCUGUUUUGAUUAAUAGAUUAAAUUAUAUACCAUAUUCUUUUUGCCCGCUUAGGGUACCCGUUUUACCGACCCCCUAAGAGCAAAACGGGUUUUUAGAUUAUUUUUUUUAAACUGAUAUUACUUAAUUAUGAUGAUUGUUUAGUUCAUUUUCACUGAUGAUUGUGAUAGCCAAAGAGGCAAAGUUUCGUUAUGUUUUUGUUUUUUAAUAAAAUUCUAUUCAUUUACAAAGAUUUUGAUUGAUAAACCUUAAGGGGCCCGCGUUGCCCGACCG